GACUUCUGGCCGUUUUACAUGACCUCCUGCUACAAGAUGAAAAUAUUUCAAGUCAUCAUGGUCGCUGUUUUGGUGACAGGUUUGGUGGUUACCACAAAUGCUGAUGACCAGUGCGAUAACCAAUUAAACAGCUGUCUAUUUGGGAUGAUAUCGAGUCUUUCGAUGCCCGUGAACUCCGAGGAAACCUUCCUUGCUUUUGUCCGAUCCACGUCUGUGGACGAAUUGUGCAGAGUCAUAGCGGGCGGCAGGAACUGUGUUCAGCAUGCCCUGGACAGCAGCUGCGCCACACAGAACGUGCAUGGAGCAGUGCACGCUUACAUGGACGUGGCCACCUACGCCUGUAGUCCGGAGGGCCGUCAGAUGAUGGAAACGGCGCAAAAGUCCCCUUGUCUUUACGAUAUGUCUUUGUACGGUGAAUUGAGAACAGAAGAGAUAGCUUGUACUUCCAGGGGACAUGAGGCUGUGUUGUCUCUUAAUCCUGAUCACGUGGAGGAUGCAGAAACUCCAGCUGAUCCGGAAAUGGUGUGCCCAAUCAUAGAAGGGAUAGAAAAUUGCAUAACGACAAACGUUAGCCGUGUUUGUGGAGCUGGGCUUGGGCAGUUGAUGGGCAAUGUUAUUGCAGUUAUGGGGCCUCCAAGGUAUAGAGUCAACUGUGCUGAACGUCGACGUCGAGAGAGUUUCUUUGCCAGCAAAACUCUUGGGAGACUCCUUGGACUGUAGAAGAAAACUAUACAUUGAUAACUUCUACUCCGAUGCACAUGGCCGGUAGACCUGUUGGGACAGGAUACGAAAGAGAAAAAGAAAAACAAAUAGUAUUGUCAAACAAUAAAGUGAUUGAAAAACAA